AGAGUGCAGGCCUGCGGGCCCCGCCGCUCUGGCCGCCGGAGGACUCUUUCUUUAUGGUCCAGGAGGACUCAAUCUCUAUGACCCUGGAGGACUCAGUCUCUAUGACACAGGAAGACUUAAUCUCUAUGAUCCUGGAGGACUUAAUCUCUGUGACCCAAGAGGACUUCGUCUCUUUGACCCUGGAGGACUCACUCCGAUCCUGGAGGUCUCUCCCUAUUGUCCUGGAGGACUCUCUCUCUAUGGCGGCCGCACCUUGCCCACAGGCCGCACAUCCCGGCAUGCCCCGCAGCCGCCACUAGUCCCGCCGUUCCCCGCAGCAGCCUCACUUCCGGCCCCGGCGCUAAGAUGGCGACGCCCAUGCACCGGCUGAUUGCCCGCAGACAGGCGGAGGCAAACAAGCAGCAUGUGAGGUGUCAGAAGUGUUUAGAGUUUGGCCACUGGACAUAUGAAUGUAAAGGGAAGAGGAAAUACCUGCACAGGCCUUCCAGGACAGCUCAGCUGGCCAAAAUCCUUAAGGAGAAGGAAAAGCAGCUCCUGCUGCAACAGAGCACUGGAGAAAGUGCUGCAGAAAAGAAGACCAAGAAAAAAAGGUCCAAGAGUGUGACCAGUUCCAGCAGCAGCAGCAGUGACAGCUCAGCCAGUGACUCCUCCUCUGACAGUGAGGACUCCUCUACCUCCUCCUCCUCCUCGGACAGUGACAGUGAGGACAGCAACUCCUCCUCCUCCUCCUCCCACUCUUCCAGCAGCUCUUCCUCCUCCUCUGACUUCGAGUCAGAUUCCAGCUCCUCCUCCAGCAGCAGCAGCAGCAGCAGCACAGACAGCAGCUCUGAGGAUGAGCCCCCAAAGAAGAAGAAGAAGAAAUAGCUGGGGAGGGAAAGGACUGCUGUGGAGUGAGUGACACUGCCCUGCCAGGCCUGGAGCACACGCCUGCCAAACAUUCGGUGGUCAAACAUUUCUACUGCUCAGAUUUCUAAGUGUUUUGCAUAGUUGUUCAUAGGACUUGGAAGGUAUUAAAUGGCACGUGAGACUAACAGAGAGAGUAUUUUUGUGGUUUAUCCUUUUAUGGAAGAUUUUACUUUUUUAGUUCCCAAAAAAAAAAAAAAAAUCCUAUCAUCAGAUUUGUUUAUAUGAGCUUAUGUCCAGUAACCUGGAUGUUUACGUGCUGGAAAGCAAAAGCUUUUUUUUUUGUUGCAGAUUAUGCUGUGCAUCAUGUGCUGUUCCUCUGUUAAUGACAGCUUCACUUCCAUUGAGAAAAAUCCCCUAAACUGUUCAAAGCAGAAGUUUUUCAGUGCUGCUCUGGAGCUCUGGCAUUGUUGAGCCUGAAUGCACAACGUGUCCCACACAGAGUCUCCCAUCUGGCUGGUGACAAAUGGAUUCUGUGCUGCUGAGCUUGUGUUCCAAUGGCUUUUCCUGAUGCUUCCAGGUCGAGUCUUAACUGCACCAUCCAGUUGAGCUGUGUUGAUUUGUUACUGAUCAAUGUAGUGCUUGUCCUGCCCACAGCCUCGGGGCUCUUCACUCCCCUGUGUCCUUGGCUCUGUGUUGGAGGUGUUUGCUGAGACUCUCAGUGUUGGUGAUGGAAAGCAGCAGCUCAAUGAAUGGGGCUGGUCCUGCUUUAGGAGUUUCAUCUUGGUGCCUUUUUUUUGUAAAUUCAGUGUUACCCCAGUGAGACAAGGGCUGGAGUGGGUGUUCUGCACAACUCCAUCAACACUCCCAUCUGGAAUAUGGUCAGCAAGAGCAGAGAAAUAAUAACAAACAGAACUGGGCACUUUUCUCUGGAUGCUCAGUAACAGAGACUCCUUGAGAUAAAGGUCUCAGAGGAAAGUGUUCCCCUUUGGAUGUGUUUCCCAAGGGAUGUGUGAAGUGCAGGGCUGUGUUGGUGGGCACCACGUGCUGAGUGAGUGUCAGUCUGCAGGAAUUCAUUCUUUGCUUGUGGGAAUGGCCCUGGAGAAACAAGGGAGUGCAAAACCCCACAGACCCAACAAGAGCAGAUGCAAACUGCAGAACAGGGAUUGCUGGGUGCAGAGUGGGAAUUAUUUGUUGUUCUGGUGGAUCAAAGCAGUUGCCAUUAGUAUUUUGUUUGGUGAUGGAGUCUCCUGGAUUUCUUAUGUUGGAGUGCCCUUUUUGGGGAGGGGGCAUUAGGUGAAAUACAGUAACUAAACUAUUUUUUAUAUUUUUAUGGAAAAAGUAGUGUGUAGACUUACUUUGGAAUAAACUGUACUUAUUUAAAUGUUUGAAAAUACCUAUGUUGUGUGUCUGUCUGUGAUCACUCCUGUGUUUUCCUGAACAAGCUGCAGACUGUAAAUAAAACUACCAGAAAGGUGUUUAA